AUGGCGAGAACCAUCAAUUUGUCUCUCUUCUUAUUAUUCAUUUCUUGGAUUCCAUACCUAACCACAAGCUUUCCGCUCUCCACAAAAUCCAGAUGGAUCGUGGACGAGAAAGGCCAAAGAGUGAAGCUAGCCUGCGUGAACUGGCCGGCUCAUCUCCAGCCCGUGGUGGCUGAAGGACUAAGUAAACAACCAUUAGACUCCAUCUCCAAGAAGAUUGUCUCAAUGGGAUUUAACUGCGUUAGGCUCACUUGGCCUCUUGAUUUGAUGACUAAUGACACUUUGGCUCUUAAAAUCACUGUGAAACAGUCUUUUGAAAGCUUGAACUUGUUUGAUGACGUUCUUGGGAUUCAAACUCACAAUCCCAAAAUCCUUAAUCUUCCCAUAUUCAAUGCAUACCAGGAAGUGGUAUCGAACCUAGGACAAAACGGACUGAUGGUAAUACUAGACAACCACUUGACGUAUCCAGGCUGGUGUUGCAGUGACAACGACCUCGACGCUUUCUUCGGCUACCCUAACUUUGAUCCCGCCGUUUGGGCCAAAGGCUUGAGCAAGAUGGCUACUCUUUUCCGUAAUGUCACUAAUGUCAUUGGCAUGAGCCUUAGGAACGAGCCACGUGGUAAAAGGGAUUACCCUGACCUCUGGUUCAGGUUCAUGCCAAAAGGAGCAGAGGCAGUGCACGCCGCAAACCCUAAAGUACUAGUCAUCCUCUCCGGCAUAGACUUCGACACAAACCUCUCCUUCCUCCGUGACCGCUUCUUCAACGUCAGCUUCACCGAUAAACUCGUAUUUGAGCAACAUUGGUACAGCUUCUCCCACGAAGGUAACACGUGGGUAAAACACAACUCCAACGAUAAUUGCGCCCAAAUCAGCGGGAGAGUGACACAUAGCGGAGGAUUCUUGCUCGACAGAGGCUUUCCUUUGAUCUUGAGUGAGUUUGGGACUGACGAGAGAGGCGUUGACGUCAACGGAAACCGGUAUAUGAAUUGUUUGGUGGCUUGGGCAGCGGAGAAGGAUUUGGACUGGGCGGUUUGGGCCUUAACCGGUGAUUAUUAUUUGAGAACCGGUACAAAACAUAUGGGUGAGACUUAUGGCCUUUUGGAUGCUUCUUGGAAAAACGUCAGAAACUCUACAUACUUGCAGAAACUCUCUGGAAUUCAACAGCCAUUAAGAGGACCCGGUUUACAAGACAAAAAGCUUAUCUUACACCCACAUACUGGUCUCUGCGUCACCAAUAGCCACUCAGGCAAUGUACCCACACUUCGACUAGAACUAUGCACUAAAUCCGAGCCAUCGACUUUUAAUCCCAAAGAAGGCAUUGUUUGGAUCAAUAAAAUGUGUGUGGAAGCUCCAGAUGUAGCUGGACAAAAGGUGAAGCUUGGAGUUGGCACUAAGUGCUCUAAGUUGGGACAAAUCUCAGCUACUAAGAUGCAUAUGUCGUUUAAGACAAGUAAUGGCUUGUUGCUAUGUCUUGAUGUGGAUGAACGUGACAACAGCAUUGUCGCUAACCCUUGCAAGUGUUUGACCAAGGAUGCUUCGUGUGAUCCAGCAAGUCAGUGGUUCAAAGUUCUUUAA